AUGGCGAUGGCAAUGCCUGAAAGAAUGAUUCCAACAAUAGAUACUUUAGUAAAAUAUGACAAUCCAAUUUUGGUUAAAACUCGACCAGAGAAAAGAGAACCAUCAACAAGUAAAAUGGGCAGUGCAUUAUGUAAAGUACAAAUGACUUCAGCUGCUGAAACUCGAAAGGAAACUAUAGAGGUAUUAAAUGGAAUUCUUCCUCCGAAAGAGUGGGAAGAAGAUGGUCAAAUUUGGAAACAGCAGAUAUCCAGUACACCAGCAACACGCUUGGAUGUAAUCAACCUGCAAGAACAAUUAGAUAUGAAAUUACAACAACGACAAGCCAGAGAAACUGGUAUUUGUCCUAUAAGACGAGAACUUUAUACUCAAUGUUUUGAUGAAAUUAUUAGGCAAGUGACAAUCAAUUGUGCUGAACGCGGGCAGCUUUUACUUCGUAUCAGAGACGAGAUUCAAAUGACGAUGGCUGCUUAUCAAACUCUUUACCAAAGCAGCAUUGCUUUUGGAAUGAGAAAAGCUUUACAAGCUGAACAAGGUAAAGAAGACUUGAUAGUCUCAGCUGAAAAUCUUCGAGUUGAAAAAGCCGAACUUGAAAAAACUGUUGUAGAGUUGCGACAACGAUUUGAUCAAGCUGAACGAAGAUCCGCUGAACUGCGUGAAGCUGAAGAGAAAAAGCAUAUGGAGGAAAUUCAAUUUCUGAAGAAAACAAACCAACAGUUGAAGACACAACUUGAAGGAAUAAUCGCCCCAAAAAAAUAA